AUGGACUCCAAAGAGCGAAUCGACGCCGCUUGCAGCUUCCUCUUACAAUCCCCGCCAGGAGAAAUCAACGACGUCCUCAACGAUGUCAGAAAUAUCAUAUCCGACGACGACAGCCUUCAAGAAGGCGUCCUCCCUGCACUGCGCGAGUACAACCUUGCGCAAUUCAUGGCCGUCGACGUCCCUGGAACGGAUCAUCAAUCCAUCGUGAGCGAAGCAGCGAGGGUGCUGCCGUCCGAGGACGGGGCUGAGAGAUUUCUGGACCCUCGGUCCCAGACCAGCUUCUUGUUUGAUCAUCUGAGCCUAGAAGCAUCAGACCCGCAGGCGGUAGACCCGAAUGAAGACUCGGAACCCUUCCGCUCUGCAUUGGACAAGGCAACACUGCAGUAUCUCUCGGCCCAUUUUCACGACGGUGUCUCUUCAGUGUUCUCGAGGACCGAAUCUCCGAACCAGUUCGUGAUACAAGUCGUCGCGAACAAGUACAAUCCCUCUAACUAUUGGUCAGGACGAUGGCGGUCCGAGUACGUUGUUGAUCUCAACGAACACAAGGUCGAUGGAAAGGUGCUGGUCAACGUACAUUAUUACGAACAGGGAAACGUGCAACUCGCUACGACGCACACUGUUUCAAUAACUCUCCCAUCCGCGAUUGUCACCUCCUCCCCGGAUACUUCCACCACAAAAAUCCUGGCCCUCAUCGAGUCAGAGGAAGGCAAGUUCCAGUUAAUAUUGAAUGACACGUAUCAGGACAUGGGCGAAAAGACAUUCAAGGGUCUGCGGCGCGCCUUGCCUCUCACCAGGCAAAAGUUGGAUUGGGAUAAGGUUCUUGGCUACAAGCUUGGCGCAGAGAUAUCCUCGAGUAAAGGUGUUUUCGGCAAUUCUUAGACCAACAGGUGUACAAAAUCCACAUGUAAUCCUUGACACCGUGCGGUGUUGUAAUUCAGGUGCAAACGAGCUAAACGUCCUCCUUGUCGUUUACAUGCAGGUUCAUUUUUGUACAUCCGAUGGAUCAUAUAUACAUGAGUAUGCACGAAGGUGCGUUAUUAUAUCAAGUAACAUCGUCCGAGACUACGUCGUCUAAAUCUAUUAGAGUUUCGAAGUGAACUGCGCCUCCGUGACACCAGCACCCAUAGCAGAAGUAGAGGAGACACCUCCAGUGACAGUUUUGAUCAGGUUGUCGGCGUAAUCAGCACCACUCCACUAUUUGCUCGUCAGUAAUCGUAUCUCAAGCUCCGACAUCAAAGAAAUUUACCUUUUGGUGAGUGAGGACGUCGGUACCAAGUUCCCUCUCCUUGCGUUGCACAAGCUCAACGUAGGCUUUCAU